AUGGCCACGAUCCGGCGCAUGACGCCCGCCGACCUGCUCAAUCUCAACCUGACCAACCUCGAUCCCUUGACCGAGAACUACGACCUGCACUUCUAUCUCAACUAUCUGAUGAAAUGGCCCUCGCUGUUCAACGUCGUCGAGGAGCGCGAUGGCCAGAUAGUCGGCUACAUAAUGGGCAAGCUUGAGGCGCAACCGCAAUCCAUGCGUCAUUCGGAGCACUAUACGCCCUGGCAUGGCCAUAUCACGGUGUUGACUGUUGCCCCUGCUUUUCGACGGAUGGGCCACGCACGACGGCUGACGGAGAGUCUGGAGCGGGCAUCGGAUAUGAAUAAUGCGUGGUUUGUCGAUUUAUAUGUUCGAGCCGGGAAUAAGGUCGCUGUUGAUAUGUACAAGGGCAUGGGAUAUUCUGUGUUUAGACGGGUGGUGAAUUAUUACAGUGACGAUCCUACGGGGAUGUCGGAGGAGGGUGAGGAUGCGUUCGAUAUGCGAAAGCCGUUGAGUCGGGAUGUGCAUUUGAAACAUUCUCGUAAGGACGGGGAGAAUUUCCUGGUGCAUCCUGAGGACGUUACUUAA